UUGCAAGCGGAAGUUUUACUAUGACACUUCCCGGAAGUUCUCCCCAACUGUUUUGGCUGCCAGAGGGGGAUUUGAGUGUGUGAAAAUGGCGACGUCUCGUCGCCCUUCCCAGCAGCAACAACAACAAAACUUAUCCUCCCCACCAAGACCCGACCCCAGUCCCCUCACGCUUCCAGAAUCACCCUCAGACACCGGCGGCUCUGCGGCUGGUGGGAGGCCGGAAAGCAUCGGGGAUCCGGAGAUCACUGCAGAAAUCCCCGCUCCGCUCCUCAGCACCAGCAGCAGCAGCAGCAGCUCCAGCUCCAGCAGCACUAGCUCGCCUACCACCGGCGGGGGCAGUAGUGCGGUCUCCACUCCCGACUCCGGUAGUGCCAGUCCUGGAGACAGCGUCUGCGGCACGAGUGGGGCUUUCAGGGAGCUGUUUGAGGCCUGCAGGAAUGGGGACGUUUCUCGAGUGAAGAAGCUGGUGGAUUCGGCCAAUGUAAACGCAAAGGACAUGGCCGGGCGCAAGUCGACCCCGCUUCACUUCGCUGCAGGUUUUGGAAGGAAAGACGUUGUGGAACAUCUCCUGCAGACGGGGGCAAAUGUGCACGCAAGAGAUGAUGGAGGUUUGAUCCCGCUGCACAACGCCUGUUCCUUUGGUCACGCAGAGGUUGUCAGCUUGUUGCUUUGUCAAGGAGCCGAUCCCAAUGCCAGAGACAACUGGAAUUACACUCCUCUCCAUGAAGCCGCCAUCAAGGGCAAAAUUGACGUAUGCAUCGUUCUGCUCCAGCACAACGCCGAUCCCAACAUCCGCAACACCGACGGCAAGUCUGCCCUGGACCUGGCUGACCCGUCCGCUAAAGCUGUUCUCACCGGCGAAUACAAGAAGGACGAACUCCUGGAAGCUGCGAGGAGCGGAAAUGAAGAGAAGCUCAUGGCCCUGCUCACGCCAUUAAAUGUCAACUGCCAUGCCAGCGACGGUCGUAAGUCUACUCCAUUGCACCUGGCAGCCGGAUACAACCGAGUCAGAAUAGUUCAGCUGUUACUGCAACAUGGCGCUGAUGUUCAUGCUAAAGAUAAAGGUGGUCUUGUUCCUCUACACAACGCCUGCUCAUAUGGACACUAUGAGGUUACAGAGCUAUUGCUAAAGCAUGGGGCGUGUGUUAAUGCCAUGGACCUCUGGCAGUUCACCCCUUUGCAUGAAGCCGCCUCCAAGAAUCGUGUGGAGGUGUGUUCCCUGCUGCUGAGUCACGGAGCCGAUCCCACGCUGGUCAACUGCCACGGGAAGAGCGCGGUAGACAUGGCCCCGACACCAGAACUCAAAGAGAGGCUCACAUACGAGUUUAAGGGCAACUCUCUUCUUCAGGCGGCACGGGAAGCAGACAUGACCAAGGUGAAGAAGACCCUUGCUUUGGAGAUCAUCAACUUCAAGCACCCACAAACCCAUGAGACGGCACUGCACUGUGCUGUCGCCUCACCUCACCCAAAACGAAAACAGGUCACUGAACUGCUGCUACGGAAAGGAGCCAAUGUCAAUGAGAAGAACAAAGACUUCAUGACGGCUCUCCAUGUGGCAGCAGAACGGGCGCACAACGACAUCAUGGAGGUUCUGCAGAAACACGGGGCGAAGAUGAAUGCUGUUGACACGCUGGGUCAGACUGCAUUACACCGGGCGGCUCUGGCUGGACACUUGCAGACAUGCAGGCUACUUUUGAGUUAUGGAGCCGACCCCGCCAUCGUCUCCCUGCAGGGCUUCACUGCUGCACAGAUGGGCAAUGAAGCUGUACAGCAGAUCCUAAAUGAAAACAUUCCAGUGAGGAACUCAGAUGUGGAUUAUAGACUCUUAGAAGCAGCCAAAGCAGGAGACCUGGACACUGUGAAGCAACUUUGCUCCCCUCAGAAUGUGAACUGUCGAGACCUGGAGGGCCGUCACUCCACACCGCUACACUUUGCCGCCGGCUACAACCGCGUGGCUGUGGUUGAGUAUCUCCUGCACCACGGCGCUGACGUCCACGCUAAAGACAAAGGAGGUCUGGUGCCGCUGCAUAACGCCUGCUCGUACGGCCAUUACGAAGUGGCGGAGCUGCUGGUCAGACACGGAGCGUCCGUCAACGUGGCUGACCUGUGGAAGUUCACUCCGCUGCACGAGGCUGCAGCCAAGGGCAAAUACGAGAUCUGUAAACUGCUUCUGAAGCAUGGAGCAGACCCCACCAAGAAGAAUCGGGAUGGAAACACGCCAUUGGACAUGGUGAAGGAGGGAGACACGGAUAUCCAGGACUUGCUGAGAGGAGAUGCUGCGCUUUUGGAUGCCGCCAAAAAAGGCUGCCUGGCCCGGGUCCAGAAACUGUGCUGCUUGGAGAACAUCAACUGUAGAGACACACAGGGACGCAACUCGACUCCGCUGCACCUGGCAGCUGGCUACAACAAUCUGGAGGUAGCAGAGUAUUUACUUGAGCACGGGGCGGACGUCAAUGCCCAGGACAAAGGUGGCCUUAUUCCCCUCCACAACGCGGCCUCGUACGGGCAUGUGGACAUCGCGGCCCUGCUGAUCAAGUUUAACACCUGUGUAAAUGCCACUGAUAAAUGGGCCUUCACACCCCUCCAUGAAGCUGCGCAGAAGGGCCGCACGCAGCUCUGCGCUCUGCUGCUAGCCCACGGGGCCGACCCCACCAUGAAGAACCAGGAGGGCCAGACGCCGCUGGACUUGGCGACGGCUGAUGAUAUCCGGGCACUGCUGAUUGAUGCCAUGCCCCCUGAAGCAUUGCCUAGUUGUUUCAAGCCCCAGGCUACAGUGGUCAGUGCCUCUGUCAUCUCUCCAACAUCCACCCCUUCCUGUCUGUCUGCCGCUAGCAGCAUAGACAAUCUGGCCGGGCCCCUGGCAGAGCUAGCUGUACCUGGAGCCUCAGGCCCUGCUGACGGAGCCACUGGAUCAGAGAGGAAGGAGGGAGAAAUUACAAUUCUGGAUAUGAACAUCAGUCAGUUCCUGAAGAGUUUGGGUUUGGAGCAUUUGCGGGAUAUUUUUGAGCGGGAACAGAUUACACUGGAUGUGCUGGCUGACAUGGGGCACGAGGAGCUCAAGGAGAUUGGGAUCAAUGCGUACGGCCACAGACACAAACUCAUCAAAGGCAUUGAGAGGCUGCUGGGCGGUCAACAAGGUGCCAACCCAUACCUGACGUUCCACUGUGCGAGUCAGGGCACGGUGCUGAUCGACCUGGCCCCUGAUGACAAAGAGUUUCAGUCAGUAGAGGAGGAGCUGCAAAGUACGAUCAGAGAGCACAGGGAUGGUGGCAAUGCUGGGGGUGUUUUCAGCAGAUAUAACAUCCUGAAGAUUCAAAAGGUGGUGAACAAGAAGCUGAGGGAGCGAUACGCACACAGGCAGAAGGAAAUCACAGACGAGAACCACAACCACCACAACGAGCGCAUGCUCUUUCACGGGUCACCGUUCAUCAACGCCAUCAUUCAUAAAGGGUUUGAUGAGAGGCACGCUUACAUAGGGGGGAUGUUUGGAGCAGGGAUUUACUUUGCAGAGAACUCCUCUAAAAGCAACCAGUAUGUGUACGGCAUCGGAGGAGGGACAGGCUGUCCCACGCAUAAAGACCGCUCCUGUUACAUCUGUCACAGGCAGAUGCUGUUUUGCCGGGUCACUCUGGGUAAAUCCUUCCUGCAGUUCAGUGCCAUGAAGAUGGCCCACGCUCCUCCAGGACACCAUUCCGUCAUCGGCCGACCCAGUGUCAACGGGUUAGCCUACGCCGAAUACGUCAUCUACCGAGGCGAACAGGCCUACCCAGAGUACCUCAUCACAUACCAGAUCAUCAAGCCAGACAGCACACCUCCAUCACCAGCAGCUGCGGAGCAGAAGUCCUAGUCCACAUGAAACGCUCAGACUGUUAGGAAUCACAUCCACUCACCCAUAAACCUCUGCGCUGCCUCUUUAAUUUGCAGUUAGGCUCCAUUUAUGUCACCUUGAGUGUUUACAAGAAUGAGUUGCCUUGGCUGGCCGUUUCCUGGCCUUCCUUUUCAGGUCAAGGGUGAGGAUAUUGGCCAUAAUGCUGUUUCGGGGCUAAACGGAAGGACUCGCCUGCUCCAUGAAAGACAACAAGUGACCUCUUCCCCAUCAUUCUAUUCAGUUUACCAGUUUCAAGCAUUAACUUCCUUUCUUUGAAUGGUUUUACUUUUACUGUGAUUAAUUACCUUUAUUUUAUUUUCAUCCGUUUGAGUCAUAAUAAUGGAGCACGUCUCAAAGGGACCUGACAUCUCAGCACUCCUGCUUUCCACUAUUGAAGACCCUGAAAAUCUCAUUGAUGUGGUUUUUCUUUUUCUUUAUGCAUUUAAAAAAAAUAGCCUUAGAGGGGUUUUAAAGCAAAAAGAUUGUUGAUGCAGAGAUCAGAACUAUUCAAAAGACCUUUGACCACAAAAUAGCAAAAAUUGUAUGCUUUUAUUCCUUCUAUUUGUUUUUUUUUUUAACAUAUCUUUGCACGGGAAUACUAGUCAGAAUGUCCCAUUCCAUUGCCAUUGCCUAAUCGGAAAAUGCAUCUUUUAAAGAAUUUGCACUUUUAAGCAGGUCUUAAGUUUUUCAGAAUAAUUUUAAAGACAUAGGUAAAAAAAUACAAUGUCCAGUAAUGUACAGGUUGUGUAAUGGACAAUGCCUUUGUAUAGCUUUUAAUGUUUACCAAUGCAGAGUGGUUUUUAUUAGUACUGUAAAGGAAGUGGGAAUUUUUGUUUUCAGAUCUUUCCUUCUAUAUUUUCGGACGACCGAGUGACUUCGCUUUGGAAGUCGCUACUUUUGCCUCCGAUAUGUUUUAAAUCACAACCACAAGAACUCCUCAGUCUUGUUCAUUCCAGUCCUGUUUCUCUGACGUCAGAGAAACUCCUCUUUUUACGAGGGUCUCCGUAACGCUUUUCCUGUUACACACUACUGAUAUCUGCUGACUCGCAUUCAUGUUACAGAAUGAAAUGAAGGACGUGGCUCUACCUCUGAAAGUCUCAUGGUUUGGUUGCUUGGCUCAGGUGUAGUUUGUGGUUCUGCACUUGUGUACUGGAGGUCAUCUGCCUUACUCCAGGUUUUUGUGUUCAAACCAGAGAGAAAGAGAGCAGACCUUUCUUCUUCUCUUAGUAGUAUGAGCACAGACAUGCCCACUGCUCCCACCGAGCCGAAAUUUAGGAGACCAACUCCUGAACUAUUUCUCAGUUCUUUGAGCUGUAUUUUUACUUCAUUUCCAUGUUCCUGUGAACUUUAAUCAGAAAAGGCUUGUCUACCAUAAGCCAUCUUCGGACUAAUCAAACACUUUUCAAUCAUGUAAUAAUGUCUUAAUAAAGUACAUGUCAUAAAUAA